UUGCAUUUACGCCGAAUAAAAAUCCACCCUUGCCAUCGGCCACAUCAUCACCCCAAGGGGAACACAGAGGUUCUACUCGGAGGAAAUCGGAGCUGAGGAAGGGUGGAUUGGCUAAAACCCUGGAAGAGGUCAAAAUUACCAUGAGAAAUGCCACGGAGGAGCUGAAGGAGCGCGGCGCCUGCCUGGUGCAGACCGACUGCCGGCUGCUCGAGGACAUCCGGCACACCGAGGAGAGCACGGCCAAGCAAGCCAGGCUCCUGCUGCAGCGCCAUGGAGACUCCCAGAAGCUGAGGGAGAAGGUGCAGACCCUCAACCAGAGCCAGCUGGAGACAGCGAGGGCAGAGCUCCAGGAAAUGGAAAAAACGAUGGAAAAGAAUCUGGGAAAGCUGCAGGCACAGCUGGACGAGGUCACGGCAAAGACGCAGGUUCUCCAGGAUGAGCUCCACGUCCCGUGGACCCACAUCGACGGGGAGAACCUGAAGCGAGCUGCGGACGUCGUCCAUCUGCAGCGCAGCAUCCAGAGCCUGAAGAAGCAGCAGCAGGAGGAGAUAACCAAGACAGAAGAAAUGGGGAAGGCUGUCUUGAAGGAACUGGAAGAAAAAGCAGGGGCAGAACGAGAGGAGCUGAUACAGAAAGUGGCAGAGGAGAUGUCACGGCACCAGGAUGGCCUGAAGCAGAUGGUGCUAAACAACCGCUUUGUGCGACAGCAAAUACCGAGGGGAAGGGAGGUUAUUAAAGACCUGGAGAAGGAGAUUGAGGAGCUGAAGAGAAGUAUCCAGAUGUUCCACCAGUGUGCAAAAGACCCAAGAGAGAUGAUCUUUCCCGACGUCCUCCUCCGCAGACCCAAGUGCACACCAGAUACCGAAGUGGUCCUAAACCUCCCCACUAACAAGAUGCCGCUCGUCUGA